UCAUGUCGAGCACCGAGACCGAGACCUGCCAAAUUUUGCAACGCCUGAACAGCCUAACAAUUGUAGAAGCUCCGAGGAACGACAGCAAAAGAGAAUGCUUCUCACCAUUGGUACCAGCUACUCCCAGCUGCGGGGGACAAGGAAAAUUUCAAAUGGAGCCUAGGAAACGACGCAAGAUAAAACUAAAUCGAGUAUACACGUAUGAGGCGGAUGCGCACUUUAUUAAGGCGCGCAAGUCUUUGAACUUCUAAUCAACA